AGAAAAGUGAAAGAAGAGAUGAGUCGAUGGGACGAACUUCAAUCUAGGUUGCUUUCCCAGUUCUGGAACUCAUCUUUUAUCAUUCAGAGGUUACAGGUUAUCCAAAAUCCCAAGAACUAUGGUGCCUUGAAAUGUAUUGCUGGCAUUGAAGAUUUGGUCUUGAGAAAGCAGAUGGAAUCUUUGGAAUCUAUCUUGCUUUCAAUGAAUCAGACUCUGGAAGAGUUUCAUGGUAUCGUUUUCUUUCUCAAUAAAAUUCUUCGUGAUGGUAGACAGCUGGUUAAAGCAGGAUCUAUUCAGGCGGCCCCAAAACAGCUACAACAACGAAUUGGUAUAAAACCAUCUCAAGCAGAUUGUCUGGAUGGGCUAAGCCUUAUUUACGAGAUGCACCAAUCAGAGUAUGGAAACUACUCACUACUCAAUGUCUUACAUUUUCCCCCUCCCCACUGCAAGUAGGAAUUUAGGAUGGCUAUGGGUAGUUUUUGGGUAGGCAGAACAUUG